AUGGUUCACCACAUUACCUCAAACGACGAGCUCCAAAAGCUUCUCUCAUCAACCACAUACGUCGCUGUCGACUUCUUCGCAGACUGGUGUCCCCCUUGUAAAGCCAUCGCCCCCGUCUAUGAGCAACUCGCCACCAAGCACAGCGUUCCCGACGUCCUAGCUUUCGCAAAGGUCAACGUCGAUCAUGUGCAGGAUGCUGCGCGCCAGUACGGCAUUACUGCCAUGCCCACAUUCAUGUUCUUCAAGGAGGGCAAACAGGUUGCUGUGAACGGCCAGGCGGAGAUCAAGGGUGCAGACCCCAGAACGCUGGGUGCUGCUGCUGAGAAGCUGGGCGGUCUAGCGCAGAAACGAGUAUCUGGCGCUUAA